CGCCAAAAAAUUGGAAGGAUUUGCACUGAUUGCAUCAUAGGAUAUGGAURGGACGAAGUGUGCAACCACGCCGAGUCUGGCGAUGUGAAGGCAGGCACCUCCUAUUGGAUCGUAAUGUCUGAGGCAAAAGAGGGUAUAAGUAUUGAAUCCGAUACUUUUAGUUUAGGUCACUCGGUUUGCUCUUCUGUUGGUCGACAAGCUGUCUUUAAAGUUCAUUCCAAGUGACAGACGACGUGCAAMACUAAGACGAACGAACUAAAAACCGGCAUCGUAGAAAAGAGAAACAAAGAAAGCAAACAAACUGUCUUUGGACUGAGCCUUCAAGCCUAUACCAACGAUUGGAUUUCAAAAAUUCCUGGAAAUCGACAACAAAGGGUAAAAUAGAAGGCAAGAAAGUCCUCCAUUCAAACCGAGACAGUACUGCGCAACACAACAACAGUUCGAACGUCAAAAUGGUAGCGAAUCGAAGUGAUGUACGGGUUGAAACAACCAGGAAAUCAAUAACAAUACGGACCGCGCUGCUGUUUGUAUUACUUUCAUAUGCCAUUCCAAGGACGACUGCGACGACGACGACGACGACGACGAGUAUGAUGGUAACCCUUGCCAAAACAAUAUUACUCACACCUGGAGCAUUGUCACUAGUGAAAACAUCAUCAGCGUCUGCUACAACACCGACGUCAUUGUUGCCAAAACAACGGAAUAGCUCCAAUAAGAAUGGAAAUGGUAUCAGAAAAGGAUUGCAGCGAAGGAAGACCUCAAAGGGGCGACGAAAUCUAGCCCGGGGCCAAGAGUGGUACGAUUGGAAAGAGCGACAACAACAACAACCUCAGCCAAAAGUGGUAUACCAUAAUAUCUUUGACCACACGGGGAAUACACCAACAAUAGGCACAAGAACAGCGAACGGAACAAAUUGUUCUUGCCAUGGAAACCGCCGACGGCGCAGGCUCGGCRGCGCAAGCGCCCAUUGUGUAUGCGACGAAGAAAACAAAGACAAGAACAAUAACGUUGGUUCAUCUCAAACAAAUGGAAAGGGUGGGACCAGCUACUAUUACUAUUCAUAUGUUGAUGACGACUUCGUCAAUGAUGACUAUUCAUACUACUACUACGGCAAAAAAGACAAGAAUGGUAAGAAGUCCAAAAAGUCCGACAAGAAAGCAUAUAAGGGCAAGGGAUAUAGCUACGAUGACGAUUAUGUCUACCCCAGCCGCAAACCAACUGCCAUUCCUACCUCCAGCAAGCCAACUGCCGGUGAACCAACAGCCGCCCCUACUUUCAAACAACCGACACCUGUGGGACGGGAAACUACUGAUGCACCCUCCAUCUCGAAACCAACGGACUCUCCCACACAGGAGGAACCCAUCCCACCGCCUUCCACAAAUGAUCCGAGCCGCACCAGUUGCAGCGUUGAUUCGGAUGGCCUGUAUGGGGCUGACGUAGGUUUGGCCACCGAGUUUUGGUUUUUCUACCAAGUGUGGGUCAUUCCAUCCGUCACAGUUCCCGAGCUCAACACGGAUAUUCUUCCGAAGGUCGAGGUAGCCUCGGGGAACGAUGUCCUCCCCGUCCUGUUUCCAAACGAAUGUGAGCCCACCGCCACCGCCAGCAUGGAAGCUUCGCUACUUGGAGAAAAACCUUCGCCGUCAACCAAGGCCAAACAAAACUCUAACAUGAACACGAAUCAAUACGGUGACGUUACGGUGUUCACUAUGGACGAUGAUGGUGGUGGUUUAGUCCGACACCUACAGUCGUCCUCUUCCUCGAUUGCUGGGUUGAGCAUCAAGCCACGAGACACUGUUUUACAAAMUGGUAUGUGAAAAAUAUGAAACAACUUUCGGAGCAUCGUCAUAAGAUCGUUGUU